GGGUGGAGGUAGGGAAACGAAUCCUCUGACUCAAAGCCUGUUUCUUUCCUUAUCUCAAUUCUCAACUCUUUUGGGAGUUCCUUCGUUCUUCCCUUUUUUUAAACCUCUCGUCCCCCAAAUCUCUUCCUCAAAUCUGCUCCUCACUUAGAUCCCACCAUCCUCCCAUUAAAUCCCCUGCUGCAUUUGGCCAAGCCCUUCUGGAACUGCCGCCGUCGUCGGCCGAUGGAGAGCAACAACCAAGCCCAAUCCUCCCCUUACCCUCCUCCUCAGGCCCCUGUUCCGGCCCCUCCCUUACACCACCUCCUUCAGCAGCAGCAGCAACAGCUUCAGAUGUUCUGGUCCUUUCAGCGCCAAGAAAUCGAACAGGUUAACGACUUUAAAAACCAUCAGCUUCCUUUGGCCCGCAUUAAGAAGAUCAUGAAAGCCGAUGAGGACGUGCGUAUGAUAUCCGCUGAGGCACCCAUUUUGUUCGCCAAGGCGUGCGAGCUCUUCAUUCUUGAACUCACGAUUAGGUCAUGGCUCCACGCGGAAGAGAAUAAGAGGCGGACAUUGCAGAAGAAUGAUAUUGCAGCGGCCAUCACGAGGACCGAUAUCUUUGAUUUCUUGGUUGAUAUUGUGCCUAGGGAUGAGAUCAAGGACGAGGCUGGGUUGGGUGGCAUGGUUGGAGCCACUGCCAGUGGAGUGCCGUACUAUUAUCCGCCUAUGGGCCAACCGGCAGGUCCCCCUGGGGGGAUGAUGAUUGGGAGACCGGCAAUGGAUCCCACCGGAGUCUACGCUCAGCCGCCGUCGCAGGCGUGGCAAUCGGUGUGGCAGCCCGCCGCAGAGGAUGGUUCUUACGCGAGUGGGGGCAGCAGCGGGCAGGGCAAUCUUGAUGGUCAGAGUUGAGCAAUUCUUGUGUAGAUGAUCUGCUGUGUGGUGCCAAUGAAAAAAUGAUGCAUUUUGCUGAUGCUAUCCAGGGCGUAAAACUAAGUGUAUUUUUCUUUUAUGUUUCCUUCUUUUCGAACGUGGUUACCCUUAGAAACUUGUAAAAACUUUUACUAGUUGUCGUGGAAUUGACAUUACUUUUCUUAAAUUGCUGUUUCUACGUUGCUGAUAUCAA